CCAGCAAAUGAGGCAGUUGAAUCCAUUGGCAUCGUAAAAUUCAACAAUACUUCCAUAUACCGUGGCAGACCAUCCCCAGAGCUCAACGCCGCUUGGGAUAGAAUAUCUGUCAAUGGUUUCACCUUGUGCUUUGCUCCCAUCACAGGCCAUUGCUGACGGAAAUCAUUUUGAAGCGCGCCCAAUUCAGAUGACGCGUGAGCAAUUGCUCAGAACAGGGGGAAAACCUUCUCCUGCCAUGGCUAAGUAUCCGGACAAACACGGCGGAGGUUACAUGGCAACUGUAGAAGUCAUUCACCAGCUUGACAUGCUUCGCAGAGCCAGCUGGGGUGACCAAUACUACCAUUAUGCAAACAUGUACGAAUCCCCUGAAGAAUUUCGUACUCAUCUCAACCACUGUAUUGAGAUACUCAGGCAGUUCACUAUGUGUACUGGUGAUGGGAUCAUGGUAACUCAUGAUUGGGUGGAGGGAAGGACAACUCCAUUCGCUGAUUUCCACGUUCCUCACCAAUGUAGAAACUUUGAGAAGAUCUUAAAUUGGGUCGAUGAGCAUCGUGUUUUUGUCCCUAAAUCCGAGAUGGUCCGCUUGGACGAUAACGUGGACCUGCCUUCCCCCCCUUGA